UCCCAGCUGCUUCUUCUUCUUCUUCCAUCUGUCCAUCUCAGCUUCUUCUUCAGUGAUUAGCAAGCAAUGAUGAAGAGAUUUGCGUUCGAGGAGAGGGAGAUGGCGCGCGUGCUGCUGCUCGUGUCGCGCGAGCAGGCGAUGCCCAUGCCGAUGCCAUCGUCGGUAGGUGCGAGUGUGACCGGGCGUGGUGACCGCGCCCCGGAGCGGGCGUUCAUGUGCAAGACGUGCGACCGCGUGUUCCCGUCGUUCCAAGCGCUGGGCGGCCACCGCGCUAGCCACAAGAAGCCGCGGCUUGAUGGCGACGGCGACUUCAAGCCCAAGAUGCACGGCUGCUCCAUCUGCGGCCUUGAGUUCGCUGUCGGUCAGGCGCUCGGCGGCCACAUGAGGCGUCACCGUGCCAUGGUUGCAGGAGGCCAUGGCGUCACGGCCGGGCCGCCGGCGAAAACGGUCAACAACCUUGACGACAGCAGCAACGCCGUUGUGGUUGUUGGCAGCGGAGGCGGCAUCAAGCCCGGGCUAUGGCUCGACCUGAACCAACCGCCGUGUGACGAUGUGGGUGGCAGCGACGUCGAUCACGGCGAGUGCGGCCAUGACGCCGCAGCCGCUGGGUACACGUUCCACCAGUUCUUGGAUGCCGGCACCAUGCCGGUGGACUGCGUCGGCUACUAGCCCCUCUCCCUCUAUUGCCGGUUUUUGCCAGACAGUACAGUUAAUAUCAUGUGUGUGUACUUACCACUUUAGGUUCUCUUUUCUCUUUUUUUCUUCUUGGAUGAAGACAUUAAUCCACAUUUUGUAGUACCUAGUUGAGUGCCUAAUGGAAAGUCAUGACGCACAUAGAUCAUUUCCUUUUGAGAUGACAGUCUGCUCAAUUUGGUGGCUUGGAGGCCCACCAAAACUAAUUACCUUGGGUUUUGCUGUUAUUAUUAUUGAUGAAAAAACCUUUGGUCAAGUGGCCCAAUGUAAUUAUUUUGUCAUUGUAAAAUACACAUGGAGCUCGUGGGUUUUC